UUAGCUUCCCUAGAGACUGUUUUUGGUUUGAUACGCAUUGCAUGCAGUAUGCCACAGCAGGCACAGGUGUUUAUCCACUAUGGUCCGUAUGAUAUUUGUGGUAUUGUUGACCACAAAGAGUCCAGACUGCAAGGCCUACAAACUGUUCUGAGAGAAGACGGACAUGCAGUGAACCUCGUACCAAUAAAAUACUGGAAUGUGGUGGAGAUCUGGGUCAAUGGAGAGAUGGUUUACAAGUGUGACAUCAGAACUCUCGACUAUGGUGGAGAUGGGAAGCUGGAUGACAGAUGUCAGGAAGCAUGUCAGGCUGUGAUGGAUGCAUACUAGGCUAACCAACAAACAUCUUUAAAAUGUCAGCUCUUCCAUGUGAAGCACAGUCUACCAAAACUACCUGUAAUGUCUUGAAGAGAGUUCUCACUGGGUGUUGACACCACAUUCAUAGCCACUGUUUUGUAUCUAAACUAGCCAUGACUGGUUUUUGAAUAUAUAGUGAAACCCCUUUUAAUUUAACAGGACACCUAUGGGACCAAGUAAAUGGUCUAGUUUUAAAAGGUGUUCAGUUUAGAGAGGUAAUUAUUCUAUACUGAUUUUAAAAAUGGACUGUGAAAAACUUACAGUUUUGAGGGAAUUUCGGUUUACAGAUGAUCUUGUUUUGAGGGGUUGCACUGUAUUUAUAAUUAUUUAUAAUUUAGAAAACUUAGUCUUCUAGCAAAAACCUUGUUUUUAAAAAAUAUAAACAUAAAUUAAAAGCAUAUCAUGAGACAGAUUUUAAAAGUGUUUCAUAAUAUGGAAGACCAGUAGAUAAAAUUUUCUCUAGAUUUGACUGUCAUAAUGAUCACACAAAACAAGUGGUCUCAAUAUUUAUUUACAAAUAUUGGAUGUCACUGUUGGUUAAAAUAUUUUGAUUUAGUGAAAACUGUCUGCAUUAUUAUGUGACAUUACCACAGAUUUAUACUUUUAUAUAUGAUGUCAACACCCAUGACACUUUCUCUUUAAAUAUGGUAUAUAUUUUUUUUAAUCCUUUUUUUAAUGUAUUAUAUACUGUAUUUACAAAACAAUUCUUCCACAGUAUAUCUUGUUUGAUAAACUAUUUUUUAUUUGUGCAUCUACAAAUUCUUUGUUUUAGUUUUGUUGAUUUUUCUUUACAUACAUAUGUACCUCUUAACAUCAGAUAUAUUUAUUUAGAAUUGUUGAAAAGAUAUAGAUAAAACAUUAUUUGGCAUUUUGAGCUUUAACAGGCAGGUAAAUUAUAUUUCAGAGAUAAUUUCAUUUAUUUUAUAAAAUUGUGUUAAUUUGAGAUAAACUUUUUCAGCUAUACCAAAAGUUUACCUUGCAGUUUGAAAUGUAUCAACAGUGUUAUAUGUUUAGCACUAUAAGCAAUCUGGUGGGUUUUUUGUUUUUGUUUUUUAAGCUGUUAUUACAAGCAAUCAUGAAAAAAGCUGCUAUUUAUAGUGUGAGUUAAAAUAUGAGAUUAACAACAUGCAGAAAUAAGAACAAUAUUGAAAUUUAAGUGUGUAUUUGUGUUGUAUGUCUUCAGAUGCACUUGAUAAUAUAUCCACGGUUAGCUCUGGAUCAGCAGAAACAUUCGCCAAAUUAUAUAUUAAACUUCAAAAAUUUUAUAGAUUCCCAGUUAUUUUGUAACAAAAUACCAAUUAAUACUUGAAAUUCUUUCUCCAAAUUAAAAUAACAUUUGCCAGUUGUUUUCAAAAUUUG